UAAAAAUGGAUGCUGCACCAUCAACUUUAGUGCCGGAUAAUGUUUUGGAAGUAAUAUUUUCCUUCCUUUCCCUCCAUGACUUAAGAAAUUGUUCGCUAGUGUGUAAAAGAUGGUAUAGCUUUUUAAACGAUGAAAAUAAUGAUGUUUGGCGGUUACACUGUAUAAGAAAGUUGGCUGAAGAAGCUCUAAAAUCAGAUUUACUUUCGUCUGUACCCACGUACAAAGCAAAAUUAAGAGCGUUUCACCAUGCAUGGAAUCCAAAUGAUUGUUCAAGAAAUAUUUACAUUAAACCCAAUGGAUUUACUUUGCAUCGAAACCCAGUGGCACAGAGUACAGAUGCUUCAAGGGGUAAAAUUGGUUUUCGGCAUGGCAGACAUGCAUGGGAAGUUAUCUGGGAAGGUCCCUUAGGAACCGUUGCUGUAAUAGGAAUAGCAACUAAAGAAGCACCCUUGCAGUGUCAUGGUUAUGUAGCAUUGUUGGGAUCGGAUGAUCAAAGUUGGGGCUGGAAUUUAGUUGAUAAUCAUUUGCUACACAAUGGAGAUGCUCAAGGAAAUUACCCAUUAUUAAAUAAUGCUCCUAAAUAUCAAGUUGGUGAAAGAAUAAGAGUUAUACUGGAUUGUGAUGAUAAUACGUUAUCUUUUGAAAAAAAUUAUGAGUUUUUGGGAGUUGCUUUUAGAGGAUUGCCAGAUAAAAAACUAUACCCUACAGUGUCAGCUGUAUACGGUAACACGGAAGUGUCAAUGGUUUAUCUAGGUCCACCACUAGAUGGCUAACAAUAUUGAAAUUCGCGUAGCCUAUGAAUUUGUGGAAAGAUUUGGGAAUGCUAUGUUGGAUUUUAAGGUUAGCUCGGUUUGCCAUGUGAUAACAUUUUUUUUAUUUGAUGUAGAUCUCGUUUAAGACUAAACUUUUUCACGCAUCACAAAUGUUCAUUAAAUUUGUACAUAAUUCAUACUUAAUAAUAAUUUAAGUAAGUAAAUAUUUCAAGUAACCUUCCAUGUCAUUUAAAACUUAAAUAGG